AUGAAUUGGGAGCUGAAAAACAUCCUGUCCAAACAGUGCAGGCACAGAGAAAGGGAGCAAGUGAGCCUCACUGCUCCUGCCUCCCUCACCUUGGGUGGUGUCACAGCAAGCGGCUCCAGCAAUGUUAGGAUACUAGCACAAAGACGGUUAGGAAAACUGUUACUGUUACUUGCAUUUGCCUGAGCAACCACCAUUGCUUAUCCUGAGCUUUGCCAACCAAAUGCACAGAAUGCUUUCAAAGUAUGGCUUAGUAUCAAAACAGCUCUAAAAGAAAAUUACAGUCACUGGGAUGCUACUGAAGAAAUUCUAUUUAAAGCAGUGUUAGCUUAUGCAAUGAGAAGAUAUUUGAUUCAAGAAACAACCCAAAUUUCUAAUGUAUUGCUGUGCAAUGUUACCAGACGGGUAUCAUUUUGGUUUGUAGUCACAAAUUCAUUCACAAAUAUAACAACUAUUCCCAGGAAUGAUGUGGAGGCCGCCAAAAGAAUGAAUAGAAACCGGAUCAACAAUGCUUUUUUAUUAACUGACGACACUCUGCAGUUCUUGGAAAUCUCAUCAACUUUAACUCCACCAGCUGAGCAAUCUCUGCCCAUUUGGCUGAUUGUAUUUGGGGUUAUUCUUUGCAUCAUUGUGAUUGGGAUUGUUUUAGUCAUAUCUUUUGGGAUUUAUCACCGCAAGAAACUUAAAAAUGUUGAAGAAACAGAAGAUUUAGAUGAUAAAUAUGAAGCAGCCACAACAAUGGAAAAUAGAAUUACCUGUCAUACUUUAGAUUUAAAAGCUGGGCAGAUUAAUGGAGUCUAUGCAGCAGCCGAGUUUACGCCCUUAUGAACAUAAAGGGAUGCUGUUUCUUGGUCUCUUUCUGAGACUCUAACCUCUUUUAU